CUUGGCUUCUGCUUUCAACGCGGCUGGGACUCCUGACCAUGAGCAGGUUCACUAUGAGCAGGAAAUGGGACUCAAACUCUUCAGAAGACUGGAAUCACACCUGGAGUAGCAAUGACACACAGCAUCCCUGGUACUCGGAUAUCAACAUCACCUAUGUGAACUAUUAUCUUCACCAGCCUCAAGUGGCAGCGAUCUUCAUUAGUUCCUAUUUCCUGAUUUUUUUCCUGUGCAUGUUGGGAAAUACUGUAGUUUGCUUUAUUGUAAUAAGGAACAAACACAUGCACACUGUGACUAAUUUCUUCAUCUUAAACCUGGCAAUAAGUGAUUUGCUGGUUGGAAUAUUCUGCAUGCCUAUCACAUUGCUGGACAACAUCAUAGCAGGGUGGCCAUUUGGAAGCAGCAUGUGCAAGAUCAGUGGGCUGGUGCAGGGAAUAUCAGUCUCCGCUUCAGUCUUUACCUUGGUUGCCAUAGCCGUGGACAGAUUCCGGUGUGUGGUCUACCCCUUUAAAGCAAAGCUCACUAUUAAGACAGCAUUUGUCACUAUUGUGAUCAUCUGGGGCCUGGCCAUCACCAUUAUGUCUCCAUCUGCAGUAAUGUUACACGUACAAGAAGAAAAAUACUACCGUGUAAGACUCAGCUCCCACAACAAAACCAGCACAGUCUACUGGUGUCGGGAGGACUGGCCGAACCAGGAAAUGAGGAAGAUCUACACCACUGUGCUGUUUGCCACCAUCUACCUGGCUCCACUGUCCCUCAUUGUUGUCAUGUAUGCAUGGAUCGGGGCUUCCCUCUUCAAGACUUCAGCAAAGUGCUCGGGAAAGCAGCGUCAGGAGCAGUGGCAUGUGUCCAAGAAGAAACAGAAGGUCAUCAAGAUGCUGUUGACUGUGGCCGUCCUUUUUAUGCUUUCCUGGCUGCCCCUAUGGACUCUGAUGAUGCUCUCGGACUAUGCUGACCUGUCUCCUAACAAACUGCGUGUCAUCAACAUCUAUGUCUACCCCUUUGCCCACUGGCUUGCCUUUUGCAACAGCAGCGUCAACCCCAUCAUUUACGGUUUCUUUAAUGAAAAUUUUCGAAAUGGUUUCCAAGAUGCGAUCCAGAUCUGCCAAAAGAAAACAAAACCCCAGGAAGCCUAUGUCUUAAGAGCUAAAAGCAACAUGGUCAUAAACACAUCUGGCCUGCUGGGCCAGGAACCUGCAUCUCAAAACCUAGGUGGGGAACAUUUGAUAUGUGGAAAAAGUGCUGAAAAUCCCACAGAGGAAUCCCUGAUGGAAGAAAUGGGAGAAGCUACUAAUAGUACUGAGGUUUAA